CUAUCAUAUGAGGGCUUUUUUCCAUUCUGCAUUACCCACAACUGCUGAGCCUCGGCUGGGUUUUCCAGGGAAGAAGACACCUUUCACAUCCAAGCCUCUUGGCUGGCUGAUGGACAAUUGUGAUGUAAUCAGACCUCUAUGGGAUCAUCAGGACUCAGACUGUACCAGCUCCCCUGGAAUGUCACAAAAAUCCCGUAGCUGAAGCAGUCUUUCUGAGGGUCUCAGCAGGAGGUAGGACUGGGAGACAGGAACACACAUUUCAAGCUGCAGAGAGAGGUUGAGGAUAUUUGGGAGGUGUCUGGUAGAAGUGGCCAUGUUGCAAGUAACUCACAUACACACCUUCCCAGUGAGCUUCCCGUUCCUGAGCCUUGUCCUGGUUCUGCUCUGCCAUGCAGAGGGCACACAUGCGGAGAGCCCCAGUGAACUGCCUGCCAACGACACCGAGGAGUGUGCUGGCUCCUAUAUCUGCAAAAGGGGUGUGAUUUUACCAAUAUGGGAACCCCAGGACCCCUCGUUUGGGGACAAAAUUGCUCGGGCAACAGUGUAUUUUGUGGCAAUGGUGUACAUGUUCCUGGGAGUGUCCAUCAUAGCUGACCGCUUCAUGUCCUCCAUUGAAGUCAUUACAUCCCAAGAGCGAGAAAUAACCAUCAAGAAGCCCAAUGGCGAGACCAGCAAAACCACCGUGAGGAUCUGGAACGAGACUGUUUCCAACCUCACGCUGAUGGCCUUGGGCUCAUCUGCUCCGGAGAUCCUUCUGUCUGUUAUUGAGGUGUGUGGCCAUGGCUUCACAGCAGGGGACUUGGGGCCAAGCACAAUCGUGGGGAGUGCUGCCUUCAACAUGUUUGUCAUAAUUGCAAUCUGUGUGUAUGUGGUGCCAGAUGGAGAGAUAAGGAAGAUCAAGCACUUGCGAGUGUUUUUUGUUACAGCGGCCUGGAGCAUCUUUGCCUACACUUGGCUUUACAUUAUUUUAUCUGUGUCUUCUCCUGGGGUUGUGGAGGUUUGGGAAGGCUUGCUCACCUUCUUCUUCUUCCCCAUCUGUGUAGUGUUUGCCUGGAUAGCUGACAGGAGGCUUUUAUUUUACAAGUAUGUCUACAAGAAAUACCGAGCUGGCAAGCAGAGAGGGAUGAUCAUCGAACAUGAGGGUGACCGGCCCUCCUCCAAGGCUGACAUCGAGAUGGAUGGAAAGGUUGCUAAUUCUCACGUGGAGAACUUUUUGGAUGGGACACUGGUGUUGGAAGUGGACGAGAAAGACCAGGAUGACGAGGAAGCCAGAAGGGAGAUGGCUCGGAUCCUGAAGGAGCUGAAACAAAAGCACCCAGACAAGGAAAUCGAGCAGCUCAUAGAGUUGGCCAACUACCAGGUCCUGAGCCAGCAGCAGAAGAGCAGGGCCUUCUACCGCAUCCAGGCCACUCGGCUCAUGACUGGCGCUGGCAACAUCCUGAAGAGACACGCUGCAGACCAGGCCCGCAAAGCCGUCAGCAUGCACGAGGUCAACAGUGAGGUGACCGAAAACGACCCUGUCAGCAAGCUCUACUUUGAGCAGGGCACCUACCAGUGCUUGGAGAACUGUGGCACUGUGGCCCUGACCAUUGUCCGCCGGGGAGGAGACCUGACCAACACGGUGUAUGUCGACUUCCGGACAGAGGAUGGGACGGCCAACGCUGGCUCUGACUACGAGUUCACUGAAGGGACAGUGGUCUUCAAGCCUGGAGAGACCCAGAAGGAAAUCCGUGUUGGCAUAAUUGACGACGACAUAUUUGAGGAGGAUGAGAACUUCCUGGUCCAUCUCAGCAACGUCCGUGUCAGCAACGAGGCCUCAGAUGAGGGUGUUCUUGAGGCCAGCCGGGUCUCAACACUUGCCUGCUUGGGAUCACCAUCUACUGCCACCGUCACCAUUUUUGAUGAUGACCACGCUGGCAUCUUCACCUUCGAGGAGCCAGUCACACACAUCAGUGAAAGCGUAGGAACCAUGGAAGUGAAAGUGUUGCGAACCUCUGGAGCACGAGGAAAUGUUAUUGUGCCCUACAAAACCAUGGAAGGCACAGCCAAAGGUGGAGGAGAGGACUUUGAAGACACCUGUGGGGAGCUGGAGUUCCAGAAUGAUGAGAUAGUGAAAUUCAUUACCCUUAGAGUACUUGACCGUGAGGAGUAUGAGAAAGAGUGCAGUUUCUUCCUUGUGCUUGGGGACCCGGUGUGGCUACGACGAGGAGUGAAAGGUGGCUUCACCAUCACAGAAGAGAAUGAAGAGAAGCAGCCACUGACCAGCAAGGAGGAGGAAGAGCGUCGGAUUGCAGAGAUGGGGCGCCCUGUCCUGGGGGAGCAUACGAAACUCGAGAUCAUCAUUGAGGAAUCCUAUGAGUUCAAGAACACAGUGGACAAGCUCAUUAAGAAGACAAACCUGGCCCUGGUGGUUGGCACAAACAGCUGGAGGGAGCAGUUUAUCGAGGCCAUUACUGUCAGCGCGGGGGAAGAUGAUGAUGAUGAUGAAUGUGGGGAGGAGAAGCUGCCCUCCUGCUUUGACUACGUGAUGCACUUUCUGACCGUCUUCUGGAAGGUCCUUUUUGCCUUCGUGCCCCCAACAGACUACUGGAAUGGCUGGGCUUGCUUUGUUGUCUCCAUCCUCAUGAUUGGCCUCCUGACAGCUUUCAUUGGCGACCUGGCAUCCCACUUUGGCUGCACCAUUGGCUUGAAGGACUCCGUCACUGCCGUUGUGUUUGUCGCCCUUGGGACAUCGGUGCCAGACACGUUUGCCAGCAAAGUAGCAGCAACGCAGGACCAGUACGCAGACGCUUCCAUUGGGAAUGUCACCGGGAGCAACGCUGUGAACGUUUUCCUGGGCAUUGGGGUGGCCUGGUCCAUCGCAGCCAUCUACCACGCGGCGCACGGACAAGCCUUCCAAGUCUCCCCUGGCACACUGGCCUUCUCCGUCACCCUCUUCACCAUUUUUGCUUUUAUCAGUGUGGGAGUGCUGCUCUACCGACGGAGACCUGAGAUCGGAGGUGAGCUGGGCGGGCCGCGGACUUCCAAGCUGCUCACAUCCUCACUCUUUAUCCUCCUCUGGCUCUUGUACAUAUUCUUCUCAUCUCUGGAAGCCUACUGCCACAUAAAGGGCUUCUAAAGGGACAAGCAGAGAUAGUAAAUAUGUGUAUAUCUAUAUAUAUCUAUAUAGAGUGAUAUAUAGGUAUAGAUAUAGAUAUAGAUAUAAAGCUGUGUAUAAUGAACAGAGAAAGAAUAAAAGAGAUUUGCCAUGUUCACAUAUCUGCUGAUGGAAAGCGGCUUUGGAGCAUCCUUUGAACUAGGCAGGACCCCAAAGCCAGCAGGACCCCUCGCCAGUCAGCGGCCCCAGCCAGGAGCCAGGGGCAGGGCCCUUUCUGCAAAUCGACCAACAGGAACAGCCGAUGGCCAUCGAGCCCCUUCCCAUCACUGACUCCCACCUGCUGGCCCCUGGGAAGAUGGAUGUGAAGGCAAGCGGGGUGCAUCGGUGUGAGGAAGGUCAGAGUAGCUGGUGAGAAACAGAGCAGUGGGCAAGGGAAGGAGAGGAAAGCAAGGGUUCUGAUCUCCCACCACCAUCCAGCUGCCUUUGCUACUCGGGAACAGGCCCCCUGGCCCUGUUGGAGAGGAGCAAGAGACCGAACUGAAGACAAGGGGAAACUGGGAGCUUUCUAAGGACAGAACACAAACCGUUUUCGUCAUUGAUUUGGGGUUGGUUUUUUUGUUUCGUUUUGGCGUGUAUACAACUAGCAUUUCCCACCCACAUGCUCCUCACCUUUCCCUGUCCAUGCUUUGGGGGGCGCAGUUGCAGCCUCGUGUCCAGUGUCCCAAGCUGAGGCUGCAUAGAGCGGCGGGAGCCUUCGUCCCACUCCUCUGCCUCCUCGGGCAUGCUGUCAUGGUACUUGUAACAUUUGCAUGAAUGAAUUGAAAUCUAUCUGUAUAUAGCAUCCUAUAGCGAUAGUCCUUCCAAUCAUGUGGGUUGAGCAUUGCAGAUUACAAGCGUUUUCUUU